AUGCACAGUUCAGUGACAUUGACUACGCUCUUCCAGAAGGUAUGUCUUCUCUCCUUGCUGCUUGUUGGCCUCUGGAGCUGUGCAACCUGCCACUGGAACCUCGUGGAGGACAUCUGCACCGCCAAACCCCGGGACAUUCCUGUGAAUCCCAUGUGCAUUUACCGCUCACCAGAGAAGAAGGCAAUUGAAGAAGAGGGCCCAGAGCAGAAGAUCCCCGAGGCCACCAACCGGAGGGUCUGGGAACUGUCCAAGGCCAACACUCGCUUUGCCACCGCCUUCUAUCAGCACCUGGCCGACUCCAAGAAUGACAAUGACAACAUUUUCCUGUCGCCCCUGAGUAUCUCCACAGCUUUUGCUAUGACUAAGCUGGGUGCCUGUGACAACACCCUCAAGCAGCUGAUGGAGGUGUUUAAGUUUGAUACCAUCUCUGAGAAAACAUCCGAUCAGGUCCACUUCUUCUUUGCCAAAUUGAACUGCCGACUCUAUCGAAAAGCCAAUAAAUCCUCUGAGUUGGUAUCUGCCAACCGCCUUUUUGGAGACAAAUCCCUCACCUUCAAUGAAACCUACCAGGACAUCAGUGAAGUGGUAUAUGGAGCCAAGCUCCAGCCUCUGGACUUCAAGGAAAAUGCAGAGCAAUCCAGAGUGACCAUCAACAACUGGGUGGCCAACAAGACCGAAGGGCGUAUCACUGAUGUCAUUCCCGAAAAAGCCAUCAAUGAGCUCACUGUCCUGGUGCUGGUUAACACCAUUUACUUCAAGGGCCUGUGGAAGUCAAAGUUCAGCCCUGAGAACACAAGGAAGGAACUCUUUUACAAGGAUGAUGGGGAGUCAUGUCCAGUAUCUAUGAUGUACCAGGAGGGCAAGUUCCGGUAUCGGCGCGUGGCAGAAGGCACCCAGGUGCUUGAGUUGCCCUUCAAGGGUGAUGACAUCACCAUGGUGCUCAUCCUGCCCAAGCCUGAGAAGAGACUGGCCAAGGUAGAGCAGCAACUCUCCCCGGAGGUACAGCAGGAGUGGCUGGAUGAGCUGGAGGAGACGAUGCUUGUGGUCCACAUGCCCCGCUUCCGCAUCGAGGACAGCUUCAGUGUGAAGGAACAGUUGCAAGACAUGGGCCUUGUGGACCUGUUCAGCCCUGAAAAGGCCAGGCUCCCAGGUAUUGUUGCAGAAGGCCGGGAAGACCUCUACGUCUCAGAUGCAUUCCAUAAGGCAUUUCUUGAGGUAAACGAGGAAGGCAGUGAAGCAGCAGCAAGUACUGCCAUCGUGAUUGCUGGCCGUUCGCUGAACCCCAGUAGGGUGACCUUCAAGGCCAACAGGCCCUUCCUGGUUCUUAUAAGGGAAGUUGCUUUAAACACUGUUAUCUUCAUGGGCAGAGUAGCCAACCCUUGUGUCAACUAAAGUGUUCUUAUUCAUUGCACUUCUUUCUAUAUUGGUUUGUGAAUAGAAGUAAAAAUAAAUAAAACUACUCCCAUCUCACAAUCAUGAAUGGACACUGCUGCUUGAAACAAAAUACGGGUAAAAGAGAAUGAAGAUACUAUUGGGGCAUUUGGUAAGAUGAUGCUUUCGAUUGUUCUCUACCCAGUGAACACAUCUGGGUCAAGAAAGUGAAGGCGGCAGAUAUGUCACUGCUUCACCUUGAAAGACAGCAGGCAUCCUGAAAGGGCAGGGGGAGCUUGAAUUUAGUAUUCCCAUCACACUAAAAGAAUCCAAAAAACUCAAAUUAAUCUUUAGGUACAGAAUAGACAUUCAAAUUUGAUUAUUAAACCAUUUAAUUCUCAAACCACUCACAUGCAUAAUGCUCUUUUACACAGUGUUAAAAUAAAGAGGAAAAUGCAUUCUUUAUACAAACAGAAUUUCAAGUAUACAUUAAUAGACUUUUCAGAUUACUAACCAAGUUGCUAAGAUUUCAUUCACAUUAUUCUUAAAGCUGUUCAACGAGAAAGCUUUUGCUAAACUGCUUUAAAUAUGUUUAUAUAAAUCCAUAUCUUCACUCUCUUUGAAUCUCCCUCCCCCAAUCCCAGUUCUCUGCCCCUCUCCUGCCCUCCCCCCACCCCCGACACAACAGGGCUCCUGGGCUCUAGGAGACAUGCAACCCCACCAAGAACUACUGGCUUGUCAUCAGGGGAAGGACAGAAUCUACAGGAGGAGAGAUGGAGAACACUUGUCAAAUUAAGGGCAAGAACAAAUCUGACACUUAGAAAUGACACAGAUCAGGACCGUAACAUACAGC